AUGUAUUACUGUGUCCUGAUUCUAACCAUCUUUGUGCUCACAGUCGUCAAAGGUCACCCUGGUGUCUCCCCUUCGGGAUUCCCUUCACACAACGACGACCUACACAAAGCAGUCCAGACUUACAUUACCUGGGGUUCUACAUCAGGAAAACCGGCAGCAGACUGUAAUCGGUUUCUAUCCAUCUUCGCAUACAACAGAACGUGGGCAAGCCCCUUCGCGGGCACCCAGUUCUUCUCCUACGACGUCGACAAAAGCUGCCAACAGCUAAACAAUAACCUCUCCUGGCACGUGGCAUCUCAACCGGCUGGGAACUACCUCUACCCCUUCUAUGACAGACAAGUCUCCAGCAUAUGGCAGGUCGCAUUCACUUGGAGGGCAGUAGGUGGAGCCAACGAAUGGAGCAAAGUGCUCACAUUCAAGCAGUACGACUUCGAGAUCAUCACCACUCUGUGGUUUCAACGCUAUGACAACAACGUCAGCUACGUGUUUGCGGCGAAAGACUUUUUCUGGCCUGCAGCAGGAGAUGCGUUUCCUGACCCUCUACGAGCUAUGGUCGAAAAGUACGCCUCGUUCUUGGGCGGAGACUGCAGCAGGUGGGCGGAGCUAUUCCUAACUGAGGUCGCCUCUAUUGGUGUCAGUAAUGGGACGUUUUACGGACCGUCACAGAUCAAAAGAUAUUGCAGCAGAAUGAUGUCCAUGUGGAGUUCAUAUGUUUUUACUACUCGUCAAAUGAGCUACUCUGUCAACCCUUACACGGAGAGCGUCGAGAAUGUGGGAUUUACAUGGACGAGGACUGGAGUUCGUGAGGAACGAGUGUGCAGUGAAGAAGUGCUGACGCUGCUGACUGUACAGCCUGACGACAGCCCGACAAGAGAUCUCAAAAUUAGUACAGCAAUGGAGUAUUUUCAACCUAGCCCAGUAUGUUGAGUGGACUGCAUAGAAUACUGUAAAUAGGUGCAAGCUAGUAUGCUUGAAACAGAACAAGCACUUAUCGUCAAUUCUUCAUACGUAGAAAUUUCCUUAGCAAUGCCUUUGAUAGACUGGUGAUAAAAAGCAGAGUUUGCA